AUGGCAACGCAACAAGAUUUACAGGAGCUCCUCCGCCUAAUUACAGUCGGGCGCAAGACACCCAUGAUGCAAGCCAUGGCGCAGAUCAAGGCUCUUCAAGCCGUCGACCUGCGAAGCUCAUGCCGCCACAGCAUCAAGCAGAUCGCCGAAGCGCCUCUCGAGACAGUGCAGUCGGCGCUCAAGGACGAGAGGGGGGCCAGAGCACUGCAUAAUGCCUGCAAAGCGGCAGUCAAGCAAGGCUCGUCCGCAGCAAAAAAGCGUGGUGCCACGGACUCGGCAGCGGCUCAAGCAAAGCGGACCAAGACCGACCUGUUCAUGACGGGGCCCGUGGAGAUGACGCCGCAGGAGCUGGAGAAAUCGCUCGAGUUACCCUUGUGCACCGACGAAGAGCGUAUCUCAAGGACGGUGAUUGAGACAAACAGAGCACCAUUGGUUCUCGCGUUUGCAGUCGAGCUCCUGCGGCACACUAUGCCCGAGCAGCCGCUGUCGAGCCGGCUCAGCUUGGGACAAGCAGUCGUCAGUGCCAACUCAAGAUCCAAGGCUCCGCGGGUCAAGGUCAUGGGCAGGGAGAUUGCGGUCCUCAAGAGGGGAGGCUACGAAUGGAAGGGGGAGGAGAAGGUAGGCGAGCAAGAGGCGCGGACUGCGGAAGCCCGCCGUUCUGUCCCGGAGACUCGGGCCAGGACCGAAACCACAGCCUCAGCGACCGCCACCAUCGAGCCGACGUCUAAAUCCACCUGGGCCGUCAGCGAGCCCAUCACCCUUAAGGAUUCCACCUUCGUCGCGCGCGCCGCUCACAUCAGCGACCCGUCGCAGCGCGGCAUCCUCGUUCAGUCCCUUCUCAGCGAUAACCCUCACCUCAAGACGGCGAGCCACAACGCCUGGGCCUACCGCAUCCGUCCGGCUUCCGAAGCACCCUCCAACGCGCGCGUCCGCGAGGACUCCUUCGACGACGGCGAGACAGGCUGCGGCGAUCUCAUACUGCGCGUCAUGCGCGAGGCCGGUGCUGUCGACACCCUCGUCGUGCUGACGCGCUGGUUCGGCGGCACGCUGCUGGGCCCGGACAGGUGGCGGCUGAUGCGCAACUGCGUGUCCGCCGCGCUGGCUGAGCGGCUACGCAAGACGGGCGUCGAGGUCACGCUCGGCGGCGAGGCGCUCUGGGGCCUGGACCUGGAGGCGAUGAGGUCCAAGAAGACCACACUCGUGGGCGGUCACGGGAGCGGUUCCAAGAUGCAGGCCGUCACCGGGGUGGUGGGGAUGCAGAUUCACCGGCCAGAACAGGCGAGGGCCUAUCUGUUAAGGAGCUUCGGAAGCGCAGCGGAGGAAACAGAGGGCGAUGGCACUGCUGCCAAUACUACGGGGAAGAGCACCAAGAAACCCAAGACGCAGCGGGAAUUGGAGGCCGAGAAGGAAGAGAACCUGGGAUUGCUGCUCGGGGCGCUGAGGAUCGUCUUUGACAGCUGGGCUGAUCAUCUCGGCCCGGCUGAGCUGGACAGGCGGGCGUGGGGCUGGUACAUUGCGGUGAGACCCGAUGUGGAGAGUGGACAGGCUGGUUGGGGCGCAAAAGGAAAGAUCAAGCUGAGCGACGUGUUGAAGUUGAGGAGGCCGGAAAAGUGA